AUGUCGGAAGCCCAACGACAGCACGAACCUCGGGAAACCGACUACACCCCCGCUGAGCAAGCACGAGCGGUGCGCAAAGUCGACUUUCUCGUCUUGCCCAUGAUAGUUUUUUGCUUUCUCAUGCUCCAGUUUGAUCGUACCAAUCUCGGCAAUGCCCAGACUGACAGGACAUUUCUGCCCUCGCUCGGUAUCACCACCGCCAACAUCAACAUCGGCCAGACGCUCUUCACCCUCGGCUUUGUCAUCUUCGAGCUCCCCAGCAACAUGGUCAGCAAAGCCAUCGGCCCGCAGCGAUGGGUGCCGUUCAUCGUCUUCACUUGGGGUCUCAUCACCCUCUGUCAAGCCUUUUUGACCAACAGAGGCGGGUUCUAUGGGACGCGCUUCCUGCUUGCUUCUGGAGAGGCCGGCUUCAUUCCCGGUAUGGCGUGGUAUAUCACUCGAUUCUACAAGAACAGCGAGCUCUCUCUGAGACUCGCUAUAUUCUGGGCGGCAAAUAGUCUGGCUGGUAUGGUAUCCGGACCCCUCGCUCUCGGUAUUCUUCGAGGCCUUGAGGAGAAGCGAGGCUGGCACGGGUGGCAGUGGUUGUUUAUUAUCGAGGGAACUAUGACCAUGUUUGUCGCCACCAUCGCCUUCCUCUACCUCCCUUCUGUCCCGACCGACGGCGGCCGCUCCCUCCUGUUCCCUAUCCUCUCCUCUCGUGACGCCGAGAUCCUUUCCGCCCGUCUCCUUUCCGACGACUCUACAAAAGCUCUCGGACGAGGCGAGAAAGUGACGUUUGGUGAUAUCAAAGAUACCUGUCUCGACUGGCGUCUUUGGGGCCAUUGCGCUGCUGCCUUCCUAUCUUCCAUCAUCCUCACCCCAAUCAACACCUACGGCCCCAGAGUGAUCCAAUCCCUCGGCUACUCUGGCUUCAUCGCCAACGGCAUGUCCGCCCCCGCCUCCGCCAUCGGCCUCGUCUUUUCCGUUUCCCUCGCCUACUCUUCCGACCGAUUCGCCGAGCGGGGGAUCCAUAUCUUUGUCGCUAUGGCGCUCAGCUGCGCGGGGUGUUUGUGGUUGGCGCUGGCACCGGAUGAUGUUGGGAAGAGGGUUUUGUAUGGUGGGUAUUUGAUGGCGGCAGGGACUAUGGGGUGUGGACAGGCUAUCAAUGCUUCAUGGCUCAGUCACAAAUUUGACGAACGCCGUCGUCCCAUCGCCCUCGCCUUCUACGUCGCAUUCAUCCAAAUGGCAGGCUUUGCCGGAUCCAACGUCUUCAAACCCGGCGACGCCCCGCGCUACAAGAACGGCUUAAUCAUUUGCGGCGUUUGUGCUCUUGCCGGAGGAGUGGUGAUGCUCGUAUGGAAGGCGCUUUAUGUUUGGGAUGAAAAGAGGAACGUGGCUCGGAAUGGGAGCGAGGAGGAAGAUGAUGGGGCGCAUGUGGAAUCGUAUCAUCUCUCGAGGGAUGGUCAGAGCGAACACAAGGACGUCGACGAAAAGUAA